AUGGAAAAAUGUCCUAAACACUAAGGAAACAUCACCUAUCUCAUAUUGAAACCAAACUCAGUUAUAUUGGGCUGUAACGAAUGCAGAGAUGAACUGAUUGCAGAGGGACACAAAUCAGAAGCCUGCAUUUUGUUAUCCAAAGCUCUCAAAAUACCUGAAGUAUUAUUAAGCAAAAUCAACAUUGAACCCAUGUUCAAAACAUUCUUUUCCAAGAUCAGCUUGGUUUCAGGAGCGGAACUUGAUCAAUAAAAAAAACAAUGGAUCCAAGAAUUCGAAGGAAUAAAGGCAGAAAUAGAUAAAAUGAUAAGUGACACGAAUGUUUUCUUUGAACAUCUCUCUUAGACCCUUUAACAAUACAGAACGAAUUUAAGGAGAAUUAUCAAAUUUGAAACCUUCGAAUAGCUCACCAGUUUCUCCUCAAUCAUCAUCUAUUAACAUCGCCAGUCAAUAAUUGGACAAAUAGAAUAAAAAAUUUAAUUAUACAUCAAUUCAAUCCAACACGAGAGCAAUAAUGAGAAUAAACAAACUAUCGAAGCUCUAAUUUAAGAUUAUAAGAAGAAAAUCAACAAUGUCAAAUUCCCACCUUCAACUGAAACAUAAGAUCGAUUAGAAAAUAAAUUUAAAAGUUUCAAAAUGGCUGUAGAAAUUCGGUUCAAAUAAGCCAAUCCAAGUUAUACAUGUUCUAGUUUAUUGUCAGAAACCAAUUUUGACAAUAUUCAAGCUAGAAUUACGCCGAAUUCCAAUUCAGCAUAUUCGCUUAUUUACAAGGGAUCAUUUGACGGAUUGAACACCAACCAAUUUUGGAGUAAAGUCUCAAACAAGAGCAAUCUACUGAUGAUAAUGAAAACACGCAAUAAUCAAUGUGUUUUUGGAGGAUACUCCCCUUGCCAAUGGUUCAAGACUCCCCAACCAUAAGUUUUGGCAGAUCAAGAAGCCACUUCAUUUUUAUUUGUUCAAAAUCCUAAUCAAUAAUUGUACUAUUACCCAAUCAAGAAGGAAUUCAAGCAUUAAGCAAUCACACUGAAUUAAAAUUAUGGCCCUAUAUUUGGGCAAACCAGAUCUCCUAAUUUCUACUAACUUCAAAGAUGGAUAAUUGAAUCUCGGCAAUCACUACUUUAGAGAUCCCAAAGAAAACUCACUAAGCUUUAUCUUGGGACCUAAAUUAGAUGA